GGAUGGGUGGGUUGCAAAUUGGGCGAGUUUUUCUGGUCUUUUUUCGUGCAUUAUUGAGAUUUUUAUUGUCUUUCAUGUGUCGUUUUGCCGUAUUGGAUGUGAGGUUGUGUAUAUGGAUGAAACCGACGAUAUCCGAGGAGAACUUGAUGAAUUCGCUUUUGUGGUUUUGGUUUUCGAAUUUAGGGUUUUUGAGUGAUCUGGAGAGAUUGAUGCAUUUUUAACUCUCUUUUUUUAAUCAUUGCAGGGGUUGUACCGACAGAUAUUUGAUUUUUUUUUUUCUUUUUGUUUGUUUGCUCAUCGAAGGAUUAGAUUGAUAUUGGAGUGGUGUGAUCUGUUCUCAUGGUAAAAGUUCCAUUCUUUUUUCUGCGCAUGAGCUUUUUUGAUUUUUCGAUUGCUGGGCUUGAAUACUUUAAUUCGUCUCAUUAGCUUCGACUUUGGCUGCAAUGCCCGGAAUAAUGCUGGAUGGAGUUAAUGGGAAGGAGGCAUCCGAUGAGUUGAAUUCUUCUCAAAUUAAAGAGAAUCUGUCUACACCAACAUCUCCUAGGGGUUCUGCAAGCCCGAUGAGCGCUCCAACAGAGGAUCUGGACCUUCCUGUCGAGAGUUGUGUGGAACCAUCAAUCCAGCAGUUGUAUGAUAACGUGUGUGAGAUGGUGAGCUCCAGCGAGAGGUCCUCAUGUUGGGAGAGUUUUGAAUCUGAUGGUGAGGAAUCAAGGAUCGAUUUGGAGCUGCAACAUCUUGUUGGUGGGAAGAUGGAACAUGUUAGAGUAAUGGAAGAAGCGCGGGGUGCAAGUGUCACCAAUAUGGCCACAAGGAUAGAAAAUGGGUCAGCUGACAAGAAACAUGAGAGCCCAGUCAAGGCACAAUCUUCCCUUGCGUCAUCUGAAUCAUCAAAGAAAUCUAAGAAGCCUUCUCGAUCACAAGUGGAGUCAGAUGCCUCCUUCAAAUCCAGCUCGAAGAGCAAAGGCAGCUUCCUUGAGAGAGGUGAUAAGAGUGUAACAAAGCCCAACAGUAGAGCUGAUCACAUGAGGAAACAAAAGAAUUCCUUGCUGAGGGAGGCAAAGUAUCAAAAUGGAAAUGAUGAUCCAUCUGAAGCAGGGUUGGAUAACCCAGAUCUUGGGCCUUUCCUUCUUAAAAACGUGAGGGAUUUGAUUGCUUCUGAAAACCCACGAAGGGCUCUGAAAUAUGCCCUUCGAGCUGCGAAAUCAUUUGAGAAAUGUGCUGCUGGGAAGCCUAGUUUGGACUUAGUCAUGAGUCUUCAUGUUAUUGCUGCAAUCUACUGUGAUUUAGGACGGUAUGCUGAGGCUGUCCCUGUGCUUCAGCAUUCAAUUGAGAUCCCUGUGCUUGAAGAAGGCCAUGACCAUGCUCUUGCUAAAUUUUCUGGUUAUAUGCAACUGGGAGAUGCUUAUGCCAUGUUAGGUCAGCUUGAGAGCUCAAUCUGGUGCUACACAACUGGGUUGCAAAUCCAGAAACAGGCCUUGGGUGAUAGGGACCCAAGUGUUGGUGAGACUUGUCGCUACAUAGCUGAAGCACAUGUACAGGCUCUGCAAUUUGAUGAAGCAGAGAAGUUGUGCCAGAUGGCCCUUGACAUCCAUAGGGAGAAUGGUGCACCAGCUUUACUAGAAGAAACAGCAGACCGGUGGCUCAUGGGUCUCAUUUGUGAUACCAAGGGAGACCAUGAAAAUGCUCUUGAGCAUCUCGUCCAGGCAAGCAUGGCUAUGGCGGCCAAUGGCCAGGAAAAAGAUGUGGCUUCAGUGGAUUGCAGCAUUGGAGACAUCUAUCUCUCCUUGGGUCGAUACGAUGAGGCUGUUUUUGCAUACCAAAAAGCACUCACCGUCUUCAAAUCAACCAAAGGGGAGAACCAUCCAACUGUAGCUUCUAUCUUUGUGCGUCUUGCUGAUUUGUACCAUAAGAUGGGGAAGCUCAGGGAAUCGAAGUCAUAUUGUGAAGACGCCCUUCGAAUCUAUGGCAAGCCUAUUCCGGGGACCUCUGUCGAGGACAUUGCCAGUGGUCUCACUGAUGUUUCUGCCAUUUAUGGAUUGAUGAACGAGCAUGAGCAGGCAUUGAAAUUACUUCAGAAAGCCAUACAGACGUAUAAUAAAUCUGCUGGCCAACAAAGCAUAAUUGCUGGUAUUGAGGCACAUAUGGGGGUGUUGUAUUAUAUUGUUGGGAACUAUGGUGAGUCUUAUGCAUCAUUAAAGAAUGCUAUCACCAAGCUUCGGGCAUGUGGGGAGAAGAAGUCUGCUUUCUUUGGCAUUGCUCUGAACCAGAUGGGGCUAGCAUGUGUUCAGCGGUAUGCAAUUAAUGAAGCUGCAGAGCUGUUUGAGGAAGCUAGGAGUAUACUUGAACUGGAGUAUGGACUGUAUCAUCAAGAAACCCUUGGAGUGUAUAGUAAUCUUGCAGGAACCUACGAUGCAAUGGGAAGGCUGGAUGAGGCUGUUGAGAUAUUGGAAUAUGUUAUUGCGAUAAGGGAGGAGAAGCCGGGAAUAGCGAACCCGGAUGUUGAUGAUGAGAAGAGGAGGUUGGCUGAGUUGUUGAAGGAAGGUGGCAGGGUGAGAAACAGGAAAGCCAGGUCACUGGAAACUCUCCCUGACACCAACCAAAAUGCUAAAAAGGAAGACGUUAUUGCAGUAUGAUUCCCAUCAUGAGACAUGAAGCUUUGUAUACUAAGAUGUUCGCCUGGCUGUAUUGAUUCUUAUAAAGAUUUUGUUGGGAAGUGUAAAGAAGAAUAGAAUAGCGGAGCUCAACCUUGCAAGAUUUUGUUGUAUGUUCGUUCUUACAGAGAUUAUUCUAUUGGUUCUCAACUGUUUAUAGAAUUUAUAAAAUUCAGACA